AUUGGGUUUGGUGUCUCGGCGGGCCAGCAGCCUCAGAUUUCAAAAUAGCGGUGCGCAGAACCUUUAUCUGUGGACACAGACACGCCAGUGCUACUAUACGUGCGUGUUUUUACCCGUGUGCACGCGCGCGCGGCUGGAAAUCGCCGCAGUAGGCUGCACCGCAGCACACACACCGCAGAGGGUGCGAAACCAUGGCGGCACGCCGCCCGCGCGACGGCGCCGCCGUGGCAGCCGCGUCGGACGAGAACGCCAACCCCUGCAAGAAGGCGCGCGUCGACGACGACGCGCUACGCAAGACGAUGGCGACGAUCGGUCCGCCGCCGGCCGCGCCCGACCCGGCCGCUGUGCCGACGACCGACGUCGUCCGCCACCUCGAGACGCACGGCUACUGCCCUAUUCAAUCCGACGCUUCGACCGUAGACGCGCUGCGCGCCGCGCUCGCCGACGCGGCGGACGACGACAACGCGAGUGUCCUCCAGAACGAUAGGAGGGGACGGAACCUGCCGGCGACGCCCGCGCUGCGCCACGCCGUCGUCGCGUUGAUCGAGCGGUCGCCGUUCCUCCACGACUACGUGGGAGAUGAUCUGCGCGUCCAGGGCGUCCAAGAUAUAGUGGUAUCGAAGGCGUGCCCCCCUCAAGAAAUUCAUCGCGACCACCAGCUCGGCGCCAAAAAAGCAAUUGUGGUUGCCAUCUCGCUGGACGGCUCGCCGCUCGGCACCGAGGUCAUAAGGGGCACGCACGCCGGCGAUGAUGAAUUAUCAAGUUACGUCGCGCGGAACCGCUACUCGUCAAAGCGCGCUCCGAAAGCGGCCGCGAUGAUUCAGCACCUCCAGCAGUCGGGCGCGAUGACGGCCGUGCAGACGUCCUGCAUGGUCUACGACCCCUUCCUCUAUCAUCGGGGAGCCGCGUCCGCCGGGCCGAAGACCGGCGGCCGGUUGUUCAUCAUGCUCUGCGCCUCUUCAUUAUCGGCUGAUGACCAGAAGGCGAUGCGAAGCACGAACGACAUCAAGCGCGCGUGGAAGAUCCCGCCCGUCGCGCGCGCGGUUGACCCCUAGUGGUCUAUGUGUUAAGUUAAAUAUUAG